GUCCGGAAGUGGUGUUCAGCUGCAUUUGAUAUCAAGAAGAAAGUGGCGAGGAAUGGGAGCAAAGCUUUCUUUUCACUGCUACUAACGGCAGGAAUUCGAUAUUUUUAAUUAGGAAACAUUCGUCUGUUUCCAUUCAACUGCCAUAGCUCUUGAGGGCAAUAAAAUGGGUAACGUUUUGUAUUUUGCUGGUACCGCCGUCUGUUUGUUUUGAUGUUAGCAUGCCUGCUAACGUCAACUUCGUCGCUUUGAUUUAUCAAAAUAAAAACAGUUACAAUCAUUCCUGAAGAUUUCUUUCUGGAUAUAAGACAAGGGGAUAUUUAUUUCAUCAUUAUUUUCUCCGGGGCAAAUAUCCAACAGAAGAAUGAAGUUUUCCACUUAAGGGAUCCCUGCCCCUGUCCUCGCUGAGGCUCCUGGCUCCACCUCUGCGAGUGAUGUUGGCUGUGAUGUGGAAAGUGGUUCGUCAGAGGAGCAUAAAGCAUUAUGGGAAAGUGGAAGAGUUUGUGUCCUUGGUAACUGAAACCAUCCCUGACAUCUUGACAAAUAGACAGAUGAGACUGCUCACUCUGGGCUUAAGAGCAAAGAUGACUUUACAGAUGUUAGGCUCUGAACAGUCAGAGGAUCUCAGAUGUGUUAGAACGCACUUAGAAAGCUUCCUGUCAUCCAGCUCAAAAGAGCAUCAGCCAGAAAAUGAAGCUCUUGAAGCCAACUUUGUCAGGCUUGUUCAGAGACUUCUGGAGGACCCAAAAGCGAGAGAACACUUCCGCGAGAAUGUGUUCCCUGUGGAGUAUGGCCCCAACUUUGAUACAGCACUGGAGACUCUGGUUUGUGAGUUCUUCACCCGACUGGAGGAGCUGGUGCUUAUACCAAACUUUAAACAGACUGCAGUGUGGAUCAAUGAUACAUCCUCUGUGCUAAAAGAGUACAUGCAGUGUGUAACCAAAGGAGAUGACCUCAAAGUACUGCUCAGAAGCAAGGUGUGUCAUGGUAAAAUGGCCAAGAUGGAUUCCACUGUGCCCUCUCCCUCAGAGCAGCAGCUCUUCUCAUCAUUAUCCCUGCCUCCUUCUUUGAGAGCAACCAGCACCAAAGAUGUGGAAUCUAACACAGAAACAUGUGAAAACCAAAGAGAAUCUGAGGCAAUUUCUCCUCAGGAGGAGGUAGAUAUGAGGAUACAGGAUGCAAAAUGGCCAGAUGAGAAUGAGACACAACAUAGUGUGAGUACCAGCAAUGCCGAACAAACAACAGGAGGGAAAUGCAGUGACAGUGUUCCUGAUGUCCACACUGUGGAAGAGUCUGAUGACAGAGCUGCCUCUACAUCUGCUGAGAGUCCUGCACUGUCCAGCUCUAUGAUAGGCCCCCCUCGGCAGAGAGUUGCACACAAAUGCACUCAGUGUGGGAAGUGCUUCAUUUAUCGUUAUGAACUCCUGGAGCAUCAAAGGCUUCACACUGGAGAAAACCCUUAUAAGUGCUCUCAGUGUGGAAAGGCCUUCAGGAGGACAUCGGACCUGUCUACUCACAGACGAACACAGUGCUCAAAAGCAGCUUAUAUUUGCAUCAAAUGUGGAAAUAGCUUUCAAUCUAUACGGGACAAAUUUAGACACCAGUGUGUUCAUAGUGUCCAAAAGUUUGACUGUUCUCAGUGCGGGAAAAGCUUCAAAAAAAUGUACUUGCUGGGUAAGCAUGAGCUGACUCACACCCAGAACCGUAUUUUCACAUGCAGACAGUGUGGGGAAGUGUACCCCAGUAUGAGUGAGCUGAGAUCCCAUCAGAAGAUUCAUCCUCCCGAGCUGUCCAAUCAGUGCAUGCAGUGUGGGAAAUUUUUCAGCUCCGCUGCAUGUUUGACAGCCCACGAGCUGCGCCACAGACAGCAGAGAACACAGAUUUGCGUGCAUUGUGGCAAAGCUUUUAAGAACAAACAUGACCUGAGCCUUCACAUGCGAAGCCACACAGGCGAGAGGCCUUUUCAAUGCACGUACUGUGGGAAACGUUUCUCUGUGUCAGGAAACCUGAACAUACAUAUUCGAACUCACACCGGAGAGAAACCAUAUCUGUGCUCUGACUGUGGCAAAGCUUUUGUGUCAGCUGGUGAGCUGCAGAUACACAGGCGUACACACACAGGGGAAAAGCCAUACAAAUGCACUGUAUGUGGGAGAGGAUUCACCAUGGCGAGUAAAGUGACACUUCACAUGCGCGUUCACACCGGGGAACGCCCUUAUGUCUGCUCUGAAUGUGGGAAAGGCUUUUCACGUGGCAGUGAACUGAAAAAACAUACCAUGAACCACACAGGGGUCCGACCCUACGCUUGUCAGCUGUGUGCAAAGACUUAUACAUGCCUCAAUCACCUGAAGAGACACUUAAAAACUCAUAGUGUAGCCCAAACCCAGUCUGUCUAAUUGCCUUUAAUUACUGUGAAACUUUUUUUCAAAUGAAUAUUGUCUUUUUGCAGCUAACCUGUACUGUCUGUGGUGUUGAUUUUAUGCACUGUGUGAUGGGUUUCACACUCACCCCCUGUUGUACAGACUAUGUUGCAGAAAUGCUUGUUUUUACUGUCUGAUCCCUAAUCCCUAGUCCCUAAUUGUAAACUCAAAAUGUAGUUUUUGGGCCUGACAAGUGUGUUGCUUUUGUUCCUUGAAGUCUUAAAACAUAUGUUAAAGGACCUGUAAGAAAACAUUCCCCCUCUUAGUUUUCAUUAUUUGCCAGUAUUGUUUUAAGGCAGUGUUCUGAGGUAGCCUAUUUAGUCCUGACAACAGCACAUUUUAUACUUGAUUCCAACAUGAAACAUCCUACAGUGGCCUUGCACAAUAUCAAUAUAUUUAUUUGGUGCUCUCAAACAUACAUUAACAAACAAAUAAAUGAUAGAUUACACAGUUGAAAGAAAUAAGCUUCCAAAUAAUCCUGUUUGUCCUGUUUUUGUCCUGAAGGAUUUUCUCUAGAAUAAAAGUAUAAAUUAUUA